GACUUAUUAUUUCUCUUUUCUGUCAUUCUGAUUCUCUUCUCUUUUGACAAAAGCAAUAAAGAAUCAGCGAUCAGUGGAGAAUGAAGAGAAACACUUUCAAGAAAGAUUUUUGAGGCAUUUGUUUCUGAACAGACAGCAGAUCGUUGUGAUUCUUAAGGUGAUUCAUUUUUAAAACCGUCGUUCAGAAAGUGAAAGUAAAGUUUAUAUUUCUGGAGCUCAAACAGUGAAAAUGGCUUCACUAAAUGUUUCUGCUGAAGAACUUUCUUGUCCCGUGUGCUGUGAAAUCUUCAAGACUCCUGUUAUUUUAUCAUGUAGUCACAGUGUCUGUAAAGACUGUCUUCAACAGUUCUGGAGAACCAAGAAAACUCAGGAGUGUCCUGUCUGCAGGAGAAGAUCCUCAAAAUCUGAACCUCCAAUUAAUCUUGUGUUAAAAAACUUGUGUGAGUCGUUCCUGACAGAGAGAAAUGAGACAGGUUCAUCAGGAUCUGAGGAGAUCUGCAGUUUACACAGUGAGAAACUCAAACUCUUCUGUCUGGAGGACAAACAGCCUGCGUGUUUCGUGUGCAGAGAUUCACAACAACACGACAAUCACAAAUUCAGACCCAUCAGUGAAGUGGUUUCAGCAUAUAAGGAGGAGCUCAAUACAGCACUGGAGUCCUUACAAGAGAAACUUCAACACAAUGAAGAAAUGAAAGGAGAGUUUGAGAAAACAGUUCAACACAUCAAGUCUCAAGCUGAGCACACAGAGCGUCAGAUUAAACAGCAGUUUGAGAAGCUUCAUCAGUUUCUCAGAGAUGAAGAAGAAGCUACAAUCACUGCACUGAGGGAGGAAGAGGAGCAGAAGAAGCAGAUGAUGAAGGAGAAGCUGGAGGAGAUGAACAGACACAUCUCAGCUCUUUCACACACAAUCAAAGACAUGGAGGAGAUGAUGAAAGCCAAUGACGUCUGCUUUCUGAAGGAGUUUCCAGUCUCAAAGGAAAGAGUCCAGAGCUCACAGCCGGAUCCACAGAUGGCUUCUGGAGCUUUGAUUCAUGUGCCACGUUACUUGGGCAACCUGCCGUUCAGAGUCUGGAAGAAGAUGCAGGACAUCGUCCAAAACACUCCUGUGAUUCUGGAUCCAAACACUGCAGAACCACGUCUCGUCCUGUCUGAUGAUCUGACCAGUGUGAGAAACAGCGGGAUCAAACAACCUCUUCCUAAUAAUCCAGAGAGAUUUGACCGGUGUGCCUGUGUUCUGGGUUCAGAGGGGUUUAACUCAGGAACACACUGCUGGGAUGUGGAGGUUAAACAGAGUCAGUGCUGGAUUCUUGGAGUAACUACAGCAUCAAACCAGAGGAAGGGAGGUGUUUUCUUCAGCACUGAUGUCUGGUGUGUGUCGUACGGAUGGAUUGUAUGUCCUAGUUCUAGUUUUCGUGUCAAACAGAAGCUUGAUCGUGUGAGAGUGAAUCUGGACUAUGACAGAGGAAGGGUGUCAUUCUCUGAUCCUGUAACUAACACACAUCUACACACACUCACAACCACCUUCACUCACACACUCUUUCCAUUCUUCUAUUGUUCUCCCUCUCUGAGGAUCUUAGCGGUCAAUAGUCAGUAGUCGUUACUCCUGUAGGUCUGGAUCUUCCUGCUUUCAUCAUGUUUCCAAAAUUUAAUCCAGAUCACAUGAGUAAGAGUGCUGUUGAUCUGAAUAUCAGUACGGUGGCUGUGAUUGGACCGUGAUGAUCACAUGACUGAUAUCAGCACUACAGCAACACUCACACUCAUAUUGCUUUAAUACAACAGAUCAAUAAACAACAAGUUUAUUUAAUUAGAGUUUAGAGGAAGUUUAAAAAGCACUUUACACAAUAAGAACAAUUAUUAGACAAUUUUAGGACAACAACCGUUUACCUGAUUAUUAUUUCAGUGAAGUUUGUCACUUUGCUAAUUUUCACAUAAUUAUAUAUAUAUAUAUAUUUUAAACUGAACCUAAUUCUACACAGUUUCACUGAAUUUGUAAAUGAAUAAUUGUUUAUUUGAGUUUAACUGAUCAUUUGUUCAUUUAAGCUCAUGGAUAUAAACAAUAAACACUUUUAUUAUUUACGGAUCUGAUUCUGAAAAACACAGUCAAUGUUUCUGUGAUUCACUGAAAUCUCUGAGAGUUUCUGAACAGAAUUUGAUCAUCCCGAGUUUAAACGUUUUGAGCUUCUGCAUCAUUCAGACUCACACAGACAUCAAGAAUCAGUGUGUGAAUCUGAACACUGAGCCUCAGUGACUAUUUCACUCAGAGAAGCUGUCAAUCACAGCUGUCAAUCAUGACGUCACGUCCCUGUUUUUAUGGCAUCAAAUAAUUAACUAAAAACAAAAUUAUUUAAAAAAAUAACAAUACUUGAACUAAAGUGUGGUAAAAACUACACAAAAUGAGAGGAAACCAUCUUUGGAAAUAAUUUAAUUGUUUAGAUUUUCUCAUCCGUUUAAUUACACAGAGAGGGCGGGGUUUAUGACCUAUACUGGGACCAACCACCCGGGGGCGAUCGAGACGCUUUGGCUUCACUUUUCAGGACUUGUUCAUGUUUGGUUUGUGUCUCAAUGCCUAGUUGAAAAUUUCUGCAUUAAAAACACUUCAGCACAUUUGAGAAAUAAACUCUGUUUAACUAAUAAUGCUGAUGUGAUUCAGUCAGCUUUCUGAUGAAACUUAUUUUUAUUACAGUUUUUAUUACCAUUUCACAGAACCUGAAUUUCAUUAUUAUUUUGAAUAAUUAUUGUUUGAACCAGAUUAUGCCACACUUAUCUUUGGAUAUAGAGGUGAAGUUAUACUGUCUCAGGGUUCACUAAACUUCUCCCUGGUUCUCUAGUGCAAUAAAAUCUGUCUUUGUGUAAGCUGUGUUUGUUAGAAAUGGCUUGAAUUGAACAGGGUAUUCCAGAAAGCAGGGUUAACUUACCGUCACAUAUACCCUGAACUCUCGGUUGAUUAACCCAAAUCUUGCUUACUCGAGGUGUGCUGGUUCCUAAAACACGUCCGGGAGUAAGUUCAGCCAACUCAGAGUAUGUUCCCGGUUAACACACAAGACAUUCUCAACGAAUCGAUGAUUCACCCUGGAAACAAACGCUAAGAAACGUGCCAUUCUACUUCCUUCUUAUUCUUUUUUUUAAUGGCGAUUUACAUAACCUACUUAGUACACAUCGCCACCUAUUGGGUGGUUGUGCAAUCAUUUUUUUCAGUCUUUUCAUUUAAUAAGUAAUCUUUAUUCACUGAGAAAAAGAAUUAUAUUGUUUGUUUGUUUGAUGCUAAUCAGUGGCGUAGGCAGAAUUUUAUUUUUGGCAGGCAAAAGUGAGCGGGCACUUUCAUGUAGGGUCCUACAGCCUACACAUUUCAUAUAGCUAAAAGCAAAAUAACGGACUCAAUAUUACGAUUAGAUUUCGAAAAAAUAAAGAACAGUAGAACACACAUACAGUACAACAACAACAACAACAAAUUACCACGUAUCCGUCACAAACACGUUUUUUAAUAGCCUAAGUAAUUCAUUAAUAUUAGACUUUUUAAAUAAUUUGAUUAAUUUUACCUAAACAACUUAAUUAAAAAAUUCGGGAAAAUGAAAAUAGCGCUUAUUUAAUCAAUUAAUUUAUCAAAUUUAUUUAAUAAUCAACACUCAAUAAAACGUUUAACAAAAAUAAAUCACAUAAGGCAGCUUUUAUGCUAUCAAGUUUUUAAUAAUAUAAAUAUUUUCGGAAAGACGAAAAUAGCGCUUAUUUAAUCAAUUAGUUAAUCAAAUUACUGAAUAAUUAAAACUCAAGUAAAACUUUUAACAAAAAUAAACCACAUAGGCAGUUUUUAUAUCAAGUUUUUAAUAAUAGAAUUAUGUUUCUACUCCAAAUUGUUGGUAAAAUAUAACCAUUAUGGCUGCUAGGCUAUACAGACUAUUACAUACAGGCUAUUAAAUAAUUCUUGUCUUUCAGUUGAAACUGAUUUAAUUUCAGUCGUCCUAUACAUUACGCCGUAUUAAAGAGCACCAAAACUAAACACAAAACAGCAACACACCACAGAAAAUCUGCUCCCUUAACUUUAAGUACACUCAAGGCUAAGUCACUUAAAUUAGUUGAUGAGUUGAAUCUUGUAGAACUAAAACAUUGAAAAAUGCUUAACUUAUUAUGUUAAUGUAAAACCAUAUGUUGUCAAAACUUAUUGAUCUACUUUACACUCAAAAAAAUGAUACGUUGGAUUUACUUAAUUUUUUUAUGCCACGUAACUUGGUUAUGUUGCAUUUAAUUAACAUUAUUUAUUUCAGUUAACUUAAAUUUAUUACAUAAGGUUAACUCAAUGCUAUUUAGUUGAAUCAGGUUAACAUUCUUAAUUUUGCACAAAACCAUUAAGUUUAAUUAUCCUAAAAAUCCAGUUUAAUUGGUUAGUUUAUUUAGUGGAUGCAUUCAAGAACAAUUUUCACAACUUUUACAAAAUCUUUACUCUGUAAAGACUCUUACUGUUAGGCGUUAGCCAGAAGAUGGUUUUACUCCAUCUAUGGCAUACCCAAAAUAGUUGUUUUUAUUAUUAGAACAACUUUAAUUGUUGUUAGCAGGUCCUCAACCCAAGCACAUGUUCCACACUUCACCACAAUGGUAACCCCAAAACUAUUAACAUAACAUAAACUUUUAAAUACCAACAUAAUAUAACAGUAAACAUUAAAAAGUCUCUCCAUUUUCUCAUGUUGCUAAAAACUGCUUAAAAUAACACUUUAUUUCAACAUUUACUCUCCCAGAUCAGCCCCUUUGCAAAGCCUGAUGGGAAGUGAAAGUCCUGUUUGGUUGAGUCCUGGUUGAGUUUACUUGAUUGAAACAUGUUAUUUUAAUAUGACAUUUAAUAUUUAACAUCAAGUUAAGUCAAAAAGUCAUUGUUUCAAGUCAAUUUAACAUGAAGCAAUUAAAUUUGAACCAGAAACCUAAUACAAUGGUGUUGAAUCAAAAUAAGUUGUUUAAAUAAAGUGAAUAGCAUCAAAAAAUAAUUUUUUUGAGUGUAUUUUACAGUAAAAAAGAAUCCAUAUUUAAGAAUCCAUAUUAAUUUUUAUUUGUGUAUAUAUUUUUGGGUGCAAUAUGCAUACAAUAUGCACCUUGGACAGCUACUGUACCACUCCAUCCAGCCUCCACAAGUCCACAGUUCAUGCACAUACAAAUUAAAAGAAAGAUCUUAUUUGCCAUGGCAUAGCCUAUCUGUUCUUAAGCUGUGCUGGCCGGCAUAAAUUUACAAAACAAGCCGGAGACGGCUGGGCUUUGAAAUGAAAAGUGCAAUUAUUUCCUCAAUGUCCAAAGAGUCUUCAAGUUCACGAUCCAUGGAUAAUAGCGACAGGUUGUUGUGUCUGAGUGUGGACAUCGACAACCUUAAAGUGCCCCUAUUAUGCCUUUUUUAAGGUUAAAUAAUUUUAACUGGGGUAGGCUGUAACAGACAAAAGAAGCAAAAACACAUGCAUACCAUAUGAUAUUGUUCAAAAACAGAUUUAUUGAAAUAAAAGAACAAUGUCUCUUA